CGUUCAUGUACACAACUUGUUAUAUCUCUAAAUCAUGUGAUAAGACCGACAGACGGAACGUUAUGGAACAUAAGUGACUCUGUUUUUAGAUUGCCAACAUGUCUCGCAAACUGUUAUGCUCCUUUGGAAUUGCAGUGCUUUUCUCCAUUGCUGACAGUCGCGCGGUAAGGCAGGACAGCAGUACGUCUGGGGCAAACGCCUUGGGGUGGGGAAGCAAUGGUUCCGGUGGAGGCGACGGGGGUUUCGGUUCCCCAUCAGGCGGCGGCUCUGCAGCCCUAGGGGGAAAUAACGGAGGCAGUGGCGGCUUCGGAGCUCCUGAUGGCUCAAACCCACCAGGAGGAGGUUUUGGAGGCCCUAGCAGUGGUGGGUUUGGUGAUCCGGGUAACAGCUCCGGAAGUUCAAAUCCAUUCGGCGGAAGUUUUGGCGGUCCUAGCAGCGGUGGAUUUGGAACUCCAGGAAACGGCUCCGGUAGUUCGUCUGGAAAAGACGCCUUGGGGUGGGGAAGCAAUGGUUCCGGUGGAGGCGACGGAGGUUUCGGUUCCCCAUCAGGCGGCGGCUCUGCAGCCCAAGGGGCAAACAACGGCGGCAGUAGCGGCAUCGGAGCUCCUAAUGGUUCAAACCCAUUAGGAGGAGGUUUUGGGGGUCCUAGCAGUGGUGGGUUUGGAGAUCCAGGUAACAGCUCCGGAAGUUCAAACCCGUUCGGCGGAAGUUUUGGAGGUCCAAGCAGUGGAGGAUUUGGCGCCCCAGGUAACAGCUCCGGAAAUUCGAAUCCGUUUGGCGGAAGUUUUGGAGGAGAUGGCUCAGGAGGCUUCGGUGCUCCGACGGGUAAUGGGCCCAAUCCAUUCGGCACGCCAAGCGGAAACGGGGGAUCCGACAAUAGCGCAUCCAGCUUUGGUUCCGGUAGUGGUUUCGGGCAAGCAGGAAACCAAACAGGAAACGGGUUUGGUGGUGACUUUGGUGGCGGCGGUUUCGGGGUUGCGAACGGCACCAAUCCUUGGGGACCAAGUGGAGGUUAUUCUACUUCCGGGAACCCCUGGGGAGGACAGACCGCGGGCCAAGGUACGAGCAACGACGGCGGGUUUGGAGAAAAUGGUUCUGGCAAUUCAUUUUCAUUUCCUGGCGGUAUGGUUGGGAAGUAGAAUUCGGAGAUAGCAUUUAAAAAAGCUUU